AUAUAGUACCAAGUCUGUCAUGCAUUGUAUAACAAUCUGACCAUCUCUCUACACACACGCACAAGAAUGGCUACUCUUCUAGUGUCCACAUCCUCCUUAGUCAUGUUCAUGAUCUUGGUGAGCAAUUUCAUGAUCGAUGUCUGUUCGUCUAAACCUUCUUGCCAGCCAACCUACCCACCAAAUGCAAUUCCAAUAGCUGAUGAAGAUGUGGACUUGUUGCAGUUUGCUGAGAAUCUUGAGCACUUAGAAGUAGACUACUUCUUGUUUGGAGCACUCGGAUAUGGGCUUGAUGUGGUUGCUCCGCAGCUAGUCUGGGGCGGUCCGCCUCCCAUCGGGGCCAAGAAAGCUAACCUUGAUUUCCUAACGCGGAACAUCAUCACAGAAUUCGGAUAUCAAGAAGUUGGUCAUCUCAGGGCCCUUAAAUCAACAGUUGGUGGGUUUCCAAGGCCUCUGAUGGAUCUUAGCGCUAAAAACUUCGCAAAACUGUUUGAUGAUGCAUUCGGAUACAAACUCGUCCCUCCUUUCGACCCGUAUCGGGACAGCCUGAGUUACAUGUUAAGUUCUUAUGUGAUUCCAUACAUGGGACUUGUAGCUUAUGUUGGGGCAAAUCCAUCUCUCAAUGGCUACAAAUCAAAGAGGCUCUUGGCAGGACUGUUGGGUGUUGAAUCAGGCCAAGAUGCUGUUAUACGAAUGUAUCUGUACGAGCGAGCUAAAGAAACAGUGAAGCCAUACAACAAGACGGUAGCGGAGUUUACAAUCCGCAUUUCGGAGCUGAGGAACAAACUGGCAAUGUGUGGCAUCAAAGAUGAAGGAAUCAUAGUCCCACUUGAGCUCGGGGCAGAGAACCGAACCACAAGCAAUGUUUUGUCAGCCAACACUGACUCCCUCUCUUACAGCAGGAUGCCAGGAGAGGUAUUGAGGGUCGUGUAUGGCUCCGGCAAAGAGAGUGUGCCCGGUGGAUUCUAUCCCCGGGGAGGAAAUGGGAAGAUUGCUAGAGGAUUUCUGAAGUAGGCAUAGCCAAAAAUGCUAGCUCAUGCAUGCAUGCAUGGUGUUGCCAUUUUAUUUUAUGCUUCAUGAAUAAUAAAGUCCUAUUUUCAUCAUGUAAUAAUGUUAUGAUCAAAGUACCUUUUGUUUUGAAAUGGACAUUUCAUAUAAAUAAAGUGUUUUUCAUGAUCACCACGAUGAUGAAUUUUUUCGGUGACCA